AUGAUGCUGAAGAGGAAGCGAUUCUGCAUCGGAUCUAUCGUCCGGGGCGUCGUUGCCGAGGGUGAAACCCGUCGAAUGCGUCGGGGUUCCAGGGGGAGCAGGGGAGGAGGCUACUGUUGUGCUCGGCCUCCGCCCGUUGCUCGCUCUCCUCCCCAAGAAUCCAGAUCCGGCGCACCGAUAUCCUGUUUAGACUCCUCAUGUUUUUGCUGA